ACUGAGCCCUGUCACCCAAAGGAGAGCGACCACUCGAACCCACAUCGAAAGCAUUUUCUCUGGAAGCUAAAGUUGACUUUGGCAACGAUUCUCGCCCUGACAGCACGUCUCUUAUCCAAGCAUCCUCUCAGGCGAACUCAAUCAAUUCUUAAGUGUUCCUUCGAGAAAACUCUCGAUGGAAAAGUCUGUCGUUGGCAAACAAACAAAGGUUUCUUCACUGGCGUGUUGAGGUCCGUAUCUGUGGAAAGACGGCGGUUGCGUUAGUGCAUGUUGGAAAGCUAAACAAUCUUCAUACUUUUUGUAAAGAAGAACGAAUGUGUAAAUCUACGCAACCAAAUUGUCGAUUCAAUUGCCAACCGUAUGAGUUUUUGUACAAAUAUGCCUAGAAUCAUACUGAUACGCAUUCGGAAGAUAAAUUGAUUUGCCUCUACUCUUCGUUACGUGACAUUGUUCGCUUGCAAUAGCAUCACUACAAAAAACCAAUUGAAAAUUGCUUUCGGUUUGCCGUUAGGUAUCCCUAAAAAUGAUUCUGACAUCCUGGUUCAAUGUCGUAUGCAUGCCAAUGUAAUGCCUAUACUACGUUUGUAACUAUAGCUGCGUCCGCCUUAUUUACAUUUAAGAAUCGUGUCCUAUUAGGACAAUCCCUCAACAAGCUAAUGGAAGACUAGUUUAAUGAAUAGCAAUGAUGUGAUUGCGAGUGCGUUGAAUCAGCAAACAUUAGAGAAAACCUCUAUCUAACAUAUAUUAUGUAAUUUUUGUAAUGAGCAGCUCGAUCGAUAAAUGUUUGACAGUUGAGUUGAGAUCUCGAAAGAAAUUCAAUCGUUGCGUUUUUCAUUCGAACUGUAAAGUAGCAUCUAUUGGCAGCUAGUAACGGAUUGUUUCGUAUGCCACAGCCAUUGUGUCAUAAAAUGCGAAUAACUCAGAUCAUAACGGCAAGCGGAAGAGAACUAAAGAGAUAAGGGGUACUGAUGGGCGGAUCGCCUUUCUGUUAGUAGCCGAAGUAGUCGUCAGCUUAGAUUUCGCGUACCAAAUACAUAAAUAAAUCGUCGCGCUUUCCUGCCGACGUAAAUCCCACAUUCUUACUCGAACCUCAUACUACUUCGUCAUAGUGCAGGCAACAAACAAGUGUACUUUAAGGAUGAUCCAUGUCAUGCCUUCUCCCUACCACCUAUGGAUUCAGUGAUACUGUGGCGACAGUACUCUGCUUGUCGGUGUUCGAUAUAUGUUUUCUAUCUGUACAAAAAUUAGACCAGCUAUUGAGCAAUUAAAGGAGCUCUGUCAAGUGUAAAUGCUUUGCGCAAAACAUGCUAGAGAAGUGUAAGUAGCGUUACGAUAAACGAAAGAUAUCGCGCGAUAGAAGAGAAAAUCUAAUGUUUAAGACGUGCAUUGAAUAAAAACAAAUACUA